UAAGAGCAUGAACAAAAAAACGUAGAAGUGCAUUGAUUAGCAAAGCUUGAAUGCUGGAUUCUGAGAGGCUAAUGGUCACUGUUAGGUGUUUGGUUAUUGUCAGAUAAGGGCACAGCUAAAGUAGUUCCGGCAGGUUUAGAGCAGCUUCAUAUCACUCCGCUGAAUGAUUAGAGUUAGUUCACAGCUACAACUAGGGUUGGGCGAUGUUGACCAAAUUAGCAUCGUAAGAUGUCUAAUGUGAAACAUUAUGAUGGACGAUGGCGUCAUUGUCAUAGGCGACGGUGAAUUAAUUAAUUAUGAAUAAUAAUAAUACAUUCAUAAUGAUUUGUAGCCUACCGUUUUAACCACCUGACCCGCAUGGUCUUUGUUUUACCCAUAAAUCAUCAAUAAAUAAAGAUAAGUUACACACAAAUGACCACCUGCCAAUCACUGUUUCUGCAGGACUCUGGCAUGAAUAAGCAGAGUGAUCUGUGUCGGUAUAAUGGCGUCCACAAACUUGAUUGGUGAAAAGGUGAACAACCAACAGGAACCAACCAACAGUCUCUGAGGUUUACUCUAAAAUGACUAAGCACAAGCAUGAAAGAGAAAGACUGAAGCAGUGUACUGACGCUGAGACACGUUACCUGAUAGAUUCAAAAGAGCGAAGAGUCGUCAGAUAGAGAUGAGAUGAAUUAAAUAUCACGUUUAACAACUACAGUGAGACGCUAUCCAGCGCUACAUCCUUCAUAAACCGUCCCACGUGCACUGCUCUCUGGGGUUUAGUGCUCAAAGCACUGCUGACUGCUGGAGCUCAGACGUGCACAUAUGCUAGAGUGCAUGUGUUUGUGUGUGGUCACGUGAUGUACGUUUUCAGCAGUAUAGUGUGGAUGGAGAUCUUGUCAGAAAUGCUAGGUGAAUCGCCAGUGUGGACGUGGAUCUUUUCAUUCUAAAAUGCCAUUUUAAAACUAAGACGAAUUAGUGUAAAUGGGGGAAGUGUGUAUUUUUUGAGAGCAAGUUGCUGCUGCGAUGGGGUCGGGGCGGAGGAUCGUGAUGCCAGCUUAGCAUCGUGAUGUCUAUCGGCCAUAAUGUCUAUAGACCCAACCCUAGCUACAACAGUCAGAAAUCACACCAGAACACAACAGGAGGACACUAAUGCUACACACAGGAGACGUCUGGGGAGGACAAAAACCUGACAAACUCUCAAAGACAACAUCUGAACAGUGGAAACCAGAGAAGAAGAGCAAUAAUCACCGCGGAAAUGGUUGAGUUACUAGAGAAUAAUGCAUGAUGUAAGCGAAAUAAGUAAAUGCAGAUCACUGGAUUAUUAGGAUAUCACUUUAUGUACAACCUUAGGUGUACUUUGUUUCCUAUUCAUGAACAUGCAGCGUCCUCUACCCUCUCAUUUAUUCUCUCUCUCCGCUAUGUCAUCUCAUCACCCUGUCUGUCCCACUCAAAUGAAGUAACGAACUCCCUUUUUUUGAUUGUGUUUUAAACACAAGUCCCAGAGAAUAUAACGCUGACAUAAAUUAUGUUUCAAAACAAUAAACACUCAGAAAUAAUCUAAAUAAAAUAAAACGUGUCAAACACUUGCUUGAGGAUCACUAAUAAAGCAUCUCCAAACUACUCUAAACAAGUAAACCACAUAAACACUUCAUUAAAUAUUACUGGACUAUUCAGUAACCCCAGAUUACUCAGGGUUACAAACACAUCUACAAUUACUCCUCGCAUGUCAUUUAGAAAUUCUGAACAAAUCAUUAGUCUGAUUUAAUAAACACACUGUCCUGAAGCUGUGAAUCGAUUGCUUUCUGGAACGAUUCACUGAUUCAAAGUUUAUUGAACCACCACUUGCUGGUCAAACCUUGUAAACACAACAAAAACUCAAGCCUAAACAUGCUUUUACUAACCUAUUGAAGGUACAGUACUGUCUAAUAGAUCAUCAAAUGCCUUCGUUUACAACUGGGGAGUCUGCAUACACUUAUUUUACACCAUGUUUGUUAUGUAAGGGUUUGCAAUGAGAAACUGCUGUUACAGCUUCUGUUUGCACACUUUUCUUUAAUUAAUAAUGGCGAUCUGAGUGAAGAGGAUUUUGAAAGAGAUGUGACGUAACAAAACCUCAUUUUCAGAAGUCACGUGACUCGCAGUUUGGAAAUGUGUGCCUCUAAAAGCGCUCAUCAAUAGGGUUUCGCCAUCUUCGUUAAUUAACACCAGUCUCUGAAAGUCUUGUGUGAUUAUUCUUCUGCCUAAGUGUGUGUAUUACAGCCUGCAUAACAUUUGGUAAAAUGUUGUGAAAUUCAGCACUCGAUUAUUUCAGCCUGCUGAUUCCUGUGGAACACCCAAGGUGAGUCGCAAAAUCAGUCAAAAUAAAGCUUUCUGUUUGCUGGAAGUUGCAGGACAAUAUUUGUAGUCAGUCAUAUAGGUUGAGGAAAUGUAAUCAGAGUACUUUUGGAUUACAUUUAGAUUACUUUUGUUUGACCUCAUAUAUUCAAGCAGGAUAAUAUCGUAUUUUGACAGAUGGAAAGAUAAAAUAUAUGAAUUGUUUUCAUCAGCAAGAGCUUCAACAACUAAUGUUUAAAGUGCAAUGAUGGACACUCACUCUAAUAUACCUAUGAGUGACGCUGAAUAACACUAAACCACAAACAUUUACUUCAAUAAAACUCACAGCAAUAUCACUGCGACAUUACAUGUUUAUCUAAGUGUGUAUGACGGGAUCAGCAUCAUGUAACACCUCUACACAAAACAAUCACAUAUACAAGUGUCAGGUUUAUUAUAAACAACAGGAGAAUCAAUGAAUUGUGAACCUAUUUUCAUUGUGUAAAUAUUAUGUGAUUGUAUUAAAAAGUAGUUUAAUUACUAGUACUUGAUUUUUGUAAUCUGAUUGCAUAAUCCAGAUUGCCCACAGAUCUGUGCGCAUGUAACGUUCUGGGUGUGAUGGUUGUGAUUUGAGCGUCUUCAUUUCUGAUACUCAGACUGACCUCUAGGUUCAGCUCGGUGUUCAUCUCUUAUCUAUAGUUGAGUAUAAACACUAAGAGCUGAUGAAUGCUUUAUUGAGAAACCGUUACGCUCCCUGCAUUCCAGUGUUUUAGUAGAAAUGACAGAAUUUCUGAUCUUUCACAAUCUGGGUGAUUCCUAAACGUGCAAAACAAGAUUGGAUUGCAUCAAAUAGACUUUGAGACUGACGUGGAGUAUUUACCUCAGCGUUUGUCUGAUCCACAACUGCAGAAAACACACGGAGCCGUUAUCUUCUGUGAUCUUCUGAAGAGAGAUGGAGCAGACGGCUAUCAUUUUGGCAGCUUUUCUCCCUGUUCUAUUGUGCUGUGAUUGCAGUCAUAGUGUAGACAAACCAUUCGACUGUUCUGACAUCUACAAAUCAGGAGAAAAUCUGAGUGGGAUUUACUCCAUCUAUCCAGCCGGAGACUUUCCUGUCUGGGUUUACUGUCAGAUGGUCUCAGAAGGGAAAGAUGAAGAUAAAGGAGGAUGGACGGUGAUUCAGAGGAGGAUGGAUGGCACUGUCAAUUUCUAUCAGCCAUGGAGAGAGUACAAGAGAGGAUUCGGGAAAGUGGAGGGAGAAUACUGGCUGGGGCUGGAGAACCUCUACCAGCUGACACGCCAUAAGAAGUUCAUGCUGAGAGUGGAUCUGGAGGACUUUGAAGGAAGGAAAGGUUUCGCUCAGUACUCGUCCUUCUCUGUGGGUUGUGAAUGUGAAGGGUAUAAACUGCAGGUUUCUGGAUUCACUGAUGGAGGAGCAGGUGAUUGUUUAUCUGGCCAUAAUGAGCUGAAGUUCUCCACUUUUGACAAAGACCAAGACACUCAUGAAAAGAGCUGUGCCAAAGAGUAUCUCGGGGGAUUUUGGUAUGGAUCCUGUCACAAUACAAACCCCAACGGUGUGUAUUUAUGGGGAGAAGAUCCCACUCACUACGCCAUUGGUGUUUGCUGGUUAACCUGGAAGAAUUACGCAGUCAGUAUGAAAACCUUCAUCAUGAAGAUCAAACGCGUGUCUUAGAAAAAUACUGUGCAUCUAAAGGGGAACGUCAGACUUUUUACCUCAUUUUGUGAUAUUUUAAGUUAUGUGUGAUGAUGAUCCUGUUAAUACAAGCUUUAUACAGUGAAUGUAGACGCUGAGAUUUACAGGAUUCUGUCCUGACGUCUGAAAAAAUGUUCAGCUUUUAAUUCGUUUACUGUUUCUAUAACAUUUGCCUUAAACAUUGGCAGUCAUUCAGUCAUAGCAUGCAUACAGUUUUAAUUGAAAAAAUACUGUAUCUGCGCUUUAAAAGCAGAUAUUUGAACACUAUAAGCUCGGAAUGUGUGGAAAGCUGGUAAAGUGUGCUGUAGUUACCACAAGGAGGCGCCACACACGGUGUCCUGGUGUUAAAUGUGUGUUCUGUUGACAACAGUGAAGCCAAAGCUGGGAUACAGGUUGUUCACAACACUACUUGGAACAUUUCUAGAGCAUUUUUUGUGGGACGCUUUUAAGCCUCCCUGUCAUUCAUCAUCACUUAAAAUUAUAUGUAACUGAUAAAUAAAGAGAUGUUUCAUAGUUUUCUAUAAAUUCAACUCCAGCUUUCUUGUCAUUCCCUACAUGUGUGGACGUACAGUGGAACGAAAUGUCACAUAAGUGCUACAUAAAUAAACAUAACCCUAAUCAUAAAUAUAUGCACGUAUCAUGUCUGAGACGCCCAAAAAACUUCUGGUGAAAGGGUGGAAUUGACUAUCUUUAAUUUCAUAAGGUGCCUUGAACAGCAAUGAGAGUGUAAACUAAUCAGAAUCCAGUGCAUUAAAUAAACGAGUGUUCGUUCAGUUGUUCAAGUAUAAAACGAGAUGGAAAGAUGUUUAAAUGUGUCUUGAGGAGCCGUGGCCAAACACUGAAAACCCAUAGAAAAUACUGUGGUAGAGUAGAUGAUCACAUUAGCCGCAUUUCCACUAUCGGGCCAGUGCGAGCCAGGGCUUUAAUCGGGCCAGGCCGGGCCAAUAGCCCGGGAGGUUGAGAAAUGAGGCCGAAAUCAUGUCGCGUUUCCACUGUCGGGCUAGUUGCUCGCAGCGCGUCACGCAAACACCGCCCCCAGAACGUCCCCUGAAUCAAACGUCACACAACCCGUCACACAACCCGCCCACUUCAGCGGGAACAAAAAACUCAAAUUAUAACCACAAACACAACCUGGCAUCACUACGAGAGCUGGAAGAUGGAGAACACCGAAGCGAUUGCUUUUUUACUGUUUGUGGUCUGUUGGUGUAAGGCCAGACAGCGAUCCCUGGAUAAGGACAUUCGAGUUCGGCGUCCUCAUUUCUGCAAACGCCGUCUAUUUGCCUCUGAACAUUUUCCUUGGCCCAAAUGUUCAGAAGAGCCCUGGUGUCCUCAACUGACCAGUACUGUCUGCUAUCCAUUUUUUCUUCUUCUUAGUGAGUUGAUCAAGCGCGAUAGCAAAACAAAUGUAAGGGAAGAAAGCAUCUUGUCUCCUCUUUACCUGACAGGAAAACUCCGCCUUUGUACGUAACCCUGCCCCGAAGCCCCAGUUGGCCCUCCUUGGCCCAAGGUAUUCGGCGGGCCGAAAAAGGCCGGACGCUGGCCCCAAGGAAGCCCCGCUUUGGCCCGAUUACGCCCCGGAAGUGAUAGUGGAAACGCGACUGGCCUUGGCUCGCCCUGGCUCACUCGCUUUAGGCGCGAUAGUGGAAACGCGGCUAUUGAAGACACCUGGUGCAGCACAAUGCAAUUUAAAGCUGCGGUCACACUUGACUUUUCUUCCCAUAGACUUUCAUUCAUACAUGCGAAUGCGUCAGACAGGAAACGCAGGGUCAUGCGUCAAGUUUCGCAUGUUGCUGCGGUGCAAAGUUCAAGCUUGGUGAACUCUGAACUGCGAAAUCGCAUCACUUGAUUGCGUGAGACCAAUCGAGGGUCAAAACAGGACCUCUCUGGACAGAAAUGUAAAACAUGGAGCAAUCUCUCGCUUUAUUAAUGUCUAAUCAUCUUGUUUAAUCCCGCCCCUUUACGCAGCGCCGUACGACAGAAUUCUGCACACACAAAGCCCAGUGUGACCGCAGCUUAAUGCAGUGGUUCUUGUCUGGUUUGAGACCUACUUUAUACUGUGUUUCAAUCAGGGAGCGAAGAUCUUGAAUACGGCAAGUAUGCAAGGUCAAGACAGUACACCGUGAGCACCAGUCAGGUCUUAGCGCAAAUUAAAAGUCUGUGUGCAUAUAACUCAUUGCUGUUUGUAUUUGUAUCAGUCGUAAACUGAGCUCUGUCCAUUCAUGUCACUAAACCACCAGCUUUCAAAUGCGCCAAAAUGAAGGAAUUGAUGAUUGAAGUGUGUGUGAGUUUACUAUGUUUAUUCCUCUUGCGCACAUUUGCUAUUCUUUAGAUGAACAGUUAAUCUGUGCAAGUUAUUCCACUGAAUAGCUGUUCGUUUGGUAAAUCUUCAGUCUGAGCAUCUGCUUCUGUGUUUGGAUUGGCUCAUUCUCUGUUGACGUCUGUUUAACACUUCAGUCACAAUAUUCAUAGCCACGCCCCUCUUUCCAUUAGUUUGCCAUGAGGGAAUGAUGCGCAGAAAGAAAGCCCCUCCCUCUGCUCAAUAUUCAGGUGUUUAAAGUCAGGGACACAAUAAAAACAAUGCAUUGAUUUGUGGCAUUGGCUUCGUUUGGAUCUAAAAAAGGCUGUGCAUAAACACACCAAACGCUCGCAGCCGACUGACACCAGAGGCUAAUAAUACUGACCUUAGUUUUUUAAAUUAAAAAACUGCUUUUAUUCAAGAAAUAAACAAUAAGAAAUUCGACUUAUUAUGACUCCAGAAUAAUGAUUAUUUUAGGAAACACUGUGAAAAUGUUCAGAAACAUUAUUUUAAAUGAAUGGGAGGGCAAAAUAAAUGGACUUCAACUGUAGAUAUAUCGGUUAAAGUUUACAUGUGCAACUAUGUGCCUUGAUGUACUUGACUGUUAGAAAUGUGUUAUCCUACACCAGUACAAAGUUACCUGUCAAAUAAAUGAACAAUUAAGAUUAUCUUGAGUUUAAGUUAAUUAAUUGUCUUGUUUAUGAAGAUGAAAAAAAUGACUUGGAGUAUUUUGUGAUAUAUGUAAAGUGUGAUCAUGAAAGAAACAUCCAUAAAGCAACUCAUGUAAACAGCUUGAUCAGAUUAUUGUUUCAUUCAGAUUAAGGCAAAUCAUUAGAUUACUGAUAACCAUGUAAACACAGUCACAAGCCCCACCCUAGAGAAAUGGAGUUCAGUAUUUUGAUGACAGCCUUAACACAGGUUAGUAGUCAGCUAAUGUAUUUUCAUAAUGCAAAUCUUAAAUUCAUGCUAACCAG